UUGUCACGAAAAAAUCUUCACCUAAUCUAUAGUCCUAAGGGGUGACUGGAUCAUAAUAAAUAGUUCUUUGUAUAAGUGCGAAAAAAAAUUGUGUGAACAGCUUGCUUAUAUUUGCAUUUAAUCAACAUUUAAAUCAUGGAGGAUUCAUCACCAAUUGAAAACACCAACAAUUCCCAUGUAAACCAUAUAAUUUUGCCGGAUUCCACUGACUUGGAUUGGGCUCAAAUAACGUACGCUCUUAAUUACAAACGUUUAAUGUUUAUAAGCAGUUGCCGGACUUGGCUGAAUUUUUACACUGAUAAUUUCGAAAAUGACAAAUACAUUGACUAUAGCCCAGAAGAACUCUGCUACCGCUUUUUACUGCGUGUAUUAGCUAAUAUUAACGAUUAUAAUUUAACUGAUAAUGAGUUGCACUUGCUCAAUUUAUUGGAUCUGCAUCCAUGUUUUCAACGUACUGAAAACGGAUUUGUUGUGGUAAAACAAAUCAAAAAUCUUAGUUUUCCCUUUAAUGAAGCAGCUAUAGAAAUACUUUUGACACAAGGAGGCUCUUUGCAUGAAACAAACUUUGUUGCCGAAAGUGUAAAUUCAAAUGAUCAAAUCUUAAUUACUAGCUUCAAAGAUCAAAAUACUAUUCAACAUAAAUUCAAAUUUAACGAAGAGAAUGCAGCCUUACUUUCGGUGAUUUUGAGCUCAGAUGAUGAUCUGCCAAAUUGUGAACUUUUAACUAUAGCGGAGAUACAUAAGCGCUUAAAAACUGCCAAGAAUCAUUUUGAACAGAAUGGACAGAGAUUGCAAAAUAUAAAUGUCCGUGUAGAUGAUUUAUUUAAGAAAUUGAAGGCUAUAAAUGAGCUCAAAACAGCCGUUACAGAGCUAGUUGGUAAUAGUAUUCGCAAAUAG